AUGCAGUGCGUCGUCCUCUCGGCCACUUGCGGCGGCUCAUUGGCGGCCGACGGCGUUGCGCGGCGCACGGCCUCGAGCGCUGUCCGGUCGGACGCGGCCUACCAGUCGAUCCCUCACGACGGCCCGGCGGCGCUUCGGGGAAAGGCCGCGGGCGCGCAGACGUUCGUGUGUGUGAGAAGUGCAUUGCGACGGUGGCCAGUGGCACUGCGUUUGCACGGAAGGCGGCGAAGCGACGCCGUCACGAGACGCGAACACGGACGUGAGCCGCAUGUCGCAGGAGAAGAUACUGUCAAGUGCGAUGCACAGCAAGAGCCAAUCGUCGGAGCAGUGGCAGCAAGUGGUACGUCGCACGUGCCUCAGCACAACGGCGUUUGUGGACCCGAAGCACGCGAAGAAGGCGAUGGGGAACACUGCGACUCGAUUGCAGGGGUCCGCAACUACCACGAGCCGUCGUUUCGGUCGGUCGCCACGUCGACGUACUCGAUUGCGAACCGAGCGGCGGAGCCUGUUGAGACUCCAGACGUGUGCAAGUACAAGAAGUUGGGCAGUGACCUGUUUUGCGCGUUGUGCUUUGGCAUGGCGGCUACGGGUGUUGUUUGGCUGCACUACUUGACGACGAUGUACCUGCAGCAGUACUUUUGUGACCAGGCGCGGCCGACGCUACCGUGCGACACGCACGUUGCCAGCUAG